UGGCGGCGGUGAGCGGUCGCCAAUGUUUGAGGGAAGCGGCGCAGGAGUGCCGAGAACCAAUCACCCCCCGCUUCCGUCCCAACUCUCCGAGGUUGUUGGUGCUGCCGCUUUUUGGAGACGACCUAGAAGACGGCCAGGGCCCACAGUUUCAGGCAACUCUCACCUCGUCCCGGCUUUCUCAUCUCGGCCCGGCUUGUGGAGUUCAAAUUUGACAGAAAUUCGAAUUUGACGAGCUUCCCCUGAAACGCACAGCCAUGUCGCCCGACGCCAACCGCGGCGCUGCUCUGGCAGCUGAUGGUCUGGAAAUCGACGUCGACCGGCACGGCGGCGAGGCGGCGCCGACCGAGCCCGUGCCGAAACCUCAGCUCGGCGCGGCGUUUGGACUCGACGAUGCUGUCAUUGCAGCGCUCCCCGCGCCCGGCUCCAAGCUUGUGGCCGCGAGGCACUACGCCCGGUCACUGUGGGGGCAGACGGCCAAGGUGACGGCCGAGCUGCCCGACGGGACGACAGAACACUACUUCCUCAAGACCGUCCGCCUCGGCGAGACGGGCCGUGUGAUGGUCACCGGCGAGUUCGCAUCGCUGCAGGCGCUGCACGCCGUGUCGCCGACGCUUGUCCCAGUCCCGCAUGCCUGGGGCGCCUACACCAACACCAGCCCCAGCCCUGGCCUCCAAAGUGAUGACGAGCCGACAUAUUUCCUGCUGACGCAGUUCCGCGAGGUAGCCGCGCAGCCACCGCCCAACGCGGACGCGUUCGCGGCGCGGGUGGCGGCGCUGCACGCGCGCUCGCAAUCGCCGACGGGCCAGUUCGGGUUCCACACGACGACGUGCCACGGGACGCUGGCACAGGCGACGGCGCGGUGGGACGCGUCGUGGGCGGUGCUGUUCCGCGCCAUGCUAGCGCGCAUGCUAGAACUGGAUGAUCCAGCGUGGCCGGCGGUCUGGCGGCAGGUCGCCGCGCUCGUGCUCGACCGCGUCGUGCCGCGGCUGCUCGGUGCGCUGCCGGCAGACCUCAAGCCGUGUCUGGUGCACGGGGACCUGUGGGACGAGAAUACCGCGGUUGAUGCUGCCGACGGCGAGCCGUUCGUGUUUGAUCCGGGGUCGUGCUAUGCGCACAACGAGUACGAGAUCGGCGACUGGCAUGCUGAGCGGCAUCGUCUGAGCAGGGCCGAGUAUGUCGAGAGCUAUAAGCGGUAUUUCCCGCCGACGGAGCCCAAGGAGGAAUGGGACGAUCGGAACCUGCUGUACUCUCUGCGGUUUGAUCUCGGGGCGGCCAUCAUGAUUCCCGGCUGCAAUCUGCGACAAGUUGUAAGAAGAAAUAUGGUGAUUUUGUGCCAAAAGUUUUGCCCUGAAGAGUUGGCUGAGUGCGGUCAGCUUGAAUGAGCAGGCGAAGCAAGACAGGCUUUUGUUUUCACCUUCCGCAUGGUUCUUAGAUUAACAUGAACAAUUAUCGGUAUCGGUGAGCGGACAAAAUGAGAUAACUAGAUGGUUCAUCUCAAAAUUCCGCCGUCGUGCUGAGCUAUUGGCAUUUGGGAGGUGAUUGUUUGUGGUCAAGGGUAGAGCUGAUCGAUUUCUCCCAUUAUGCUCCACAACUUCUCACAUAAGCCAAAUGCCUA